AUGUCAUCCACUGGCUUCCUGUACUUCUACUCCAGUAUUAUCCCAUCAUGCACCUGUCCUCCUGGUUAUGUGGGUAAUGGCUACGGACGUACGGGUUGUACUCAGAUCAGUGACAUUUGUGGCACUAGUAAUCCUUGUGUAAAUGGUCAGUGUGAGAAUACGGCAACUGGCUACAUCUGUCACUGUGACCCGGGCUGGGCAGGGCAGAAUCGCGAUCAGAACGUGAACGAGUGCUCUAGCAAUCCAUGCCAGAACGGAGGCACCUGCACUGACUGCAUCAAUGGCUACACCUGUACUUGCACCUCCCAAUGGACGGGCCCGCACUGCCAAACUCCACAGCAAGAGUGUGGAGGAGUUCUGGAAAGUCCAGCCGGCACUUUCAGCUACCCUACGAAUCCUGGAAACAGCGAUUAUGAUCACCAGGUCAGCUGUGCGUGGAUAAUCAGAACCGACCCCAGGAAGAUUCUGCGGAUUUCCUUCCCUUUCUUUGACAUCGAGAACAGCGCCUCCUGCAACUUCGAUUUCCUGCAGGUCCAUGAUGGCGAGAGCGCAUCAGCUUACAUGAUUGGACAAAAAUACUGUGGCACUGCCGCCCCAACCAAACUCUUCAGCUCCCACAAUUCUCUGUACUUCUGGUUCCGCUCUGACCCACACAGAAGUCACUUUCAAACCCAGCAGCCAGUGUGUGGUGGGGAGUUGACCAAUACAUACGGUGACAUCAAGUCACCCGGGUACCCAGGUAACUAUCCACCUAACCGGGACUGCUAUUGGACAGUGAAUGUGAACCCUGGUCUGCUCAUCACAUUUGCUUUUGGCUCCCUCAGUCUGGAGCACCAUGAUAACUGUAACUUUGACUACCUGGAGAUCAGAGACGGACUGCUCCCAGAAGACUCAGUUCUUGGAAAAUACUGCAGUACAGCAUCGCCACCACCUCUACAGAUUACCUGGAUCCGCUUUCACUCUGAUUUCAGCAUCAGCGAUCGGGGAUUUCACAUUACAUACAUUACUUCACCAUUGUGUGGUGGGGAGUUGACCAAUACAUACGGUGACAUCAAGUCACCCGGGUACCCAGGUAACUAUCCACCUAACCGGGACUGCUAUUGGACAGUGAAUGUGAACCCUGGUCUGCUCAUCACAUUUGCUUUUGGCUCCCUCAGUCUGGAGCACCAUGAUAACUGUAACUUUGACUACCUGGAGAUCAGAGACGGACUGCUCCCAGAAGACUCAGUUCUUGGAAAAUACUGCAGCUGUGGGGAGACUCUGACAGAACCAACGGGUUCAUUCACCAGCCCAGGACAUCCCACCGACUACCCUCAUGGAGCCAAUUGUACCUGGUACAUCUCCGUUGAGCCUGGCAGCCUCAUCCAUCUGUCAUUCACAACCUUCAACCUGGAGUACAACACCAACUGCGCAUAUUGCAGUGAGGUAUUUAGGUCACCCACCGGGGAGUUCAGCUCACCCAACUCCCCCGACAAUUACCCCAACAAUCGGGAGUGUGUCUAUAAAAUCAUAGUGGAAGUCAACAUGCAGAUCAUGCUGAAUGUCACAUAUUUUGAGCUGGAGGGGUUCAGUUCCUGCGGUUUUGACUAUUUAGAGAUCAGAGAUGGAGGCUAUGAAACAUCCCCCCUCAUUGGUAAAUAUUGUGGAACAAAUGGUCCACCCAUCAUAGUGUCACAUAGCAACAGGCGGUGGCUGAAGUUCAGAUCCGACCACUCACUCACCUACAGGGGAUUCAGAGCCCACUGGGAUGGCACACAGACAGGUUUCACCUCUCCCAACUACGCUCUGCCCUUUCACGCCAACGCCGAAUGUUACUGGCACAUCAAAACCAGUGCAGGAAGCACAGUGGAGCUCAGCUUUGGAGACUUUCACCUGGAGAACAGCAUGAACUGCUUCUAUGACUACUUAAAGAGCAUUGAAUUAGAAGAUUUACUUCACAGUGUGUAUGAUGGCGACAGCACCAGUGCUCCUCAGAUGGCUAAGCUGUGUGGUAAUGAGAUUCCUGCCCCCAUCAGUUCCUCCCGACAGAACAUGUACGUGAAGCUACGUACAGACAGCAUCAUCCACACAGGCGGAUUUCUGGCUACCUACCAAACCAGUGAGUUACACCGAACACCUGGCUGGACCAUCCAGGCCUCCAUGGGCAACACUAUCAACUACACUUUUAUAACCUUUGAUGUGGAGGACCACAUCGGAUGUGCCUAUGACUAUGUGAAGGUGUAUGGAGGGCCUGACCUCUCCUCCCCACGAUUGGCCCAGCUCUGCACCACACACCCUCACAAUAACCCUCUGCAGGUGGCCAGCACAGGUAACGCUGUUACCGUUCGAUUCACAUCUGAUGCCUUGAGUGGUAGAGGCUUCAACGCAACCUGGCUAGAGGUUCCUGGAGGAUGUGGAGGGAUUGUCACGGCCCCCAGUGGAGAGAUCCACUCUCCAGAGUAUCCUAGCAACUAUUCUGACAAUGUUGACUGUUCCUGGGUCAUCACAGGGGAUAUCCAUGAUGGUUCACAUGAGUCUUCUCCACUCCUGGGUAAAUUUUGUGGAGUAGCCAGGCCUUCUCCCAUUACGUCCACAACAAACGUCAUCUAUGUUCGCUUCAGGUCUGAUCACAGUCAGAACCAUAAAGGCUUCAGUGCCCAGUUCUCAGAAGCAUGUGGAUCCACUAUAACAGCUGAUGAUGUGGGUGGGGAGAUUGCAUCUCCUCGCUAUCCAUACUCUUACCCACCCAAUCAGAACUGUAGCUGGAUCAUACGGGCACAGGAGCCAUUCAAUCAUGUGACUUUGUCCUUCACUGACUUUGAGGUUGAGAUGGUGUAUAGUAACUGCUCUCAUGAUAGUGUGGAGGUUCUGGAUGGAGACAAUUACCAAGCCCCAUCUGUUGUCAAUCAUGUGACUUUGUCCUUCACUGACUUUGAGGUUGAGAUGGUGUAUAGUAACUGCUCUCAUGAUAGUGUGGAGGUUCUGGAUGGAGACAAUUACCAAGCCCCAUCUGUUGGCUGUGGGGGACAUCUGUAUAUGGAGUCAGGUGCUUUUAACAGUCCAAACUAUCCUGAUGUAUACCCACCUAAUGUGGAGUGUGUGUGGACCAUCACUAGUUCCCCAGGGAACCGUCUACAACUAUCUUUCAUAAUGUUCCAGCUGCAACAAAGUUCAGACUCCAGUAAUGACUACCUAGAGGUUCGUGAGGGACACUCCACUGGUACUCUGGUCGGUCGUUUCUGUGGUGAUUCCCUUUCUUCCGACUACACAAGUUUGUCUCUGACUCCUCAGUCAGCAGAGCUGGAUUUAGAGCAGUAUUCUCCCACUUCCUCAGUGUAUGGAAAUGAGAUCACGGACAGCUCAGGACAGAUAGCCUCCCAUCUUUACCCACGCACCUACCCAAACAAUGCUGACUACCACUGGACCCUCACAGUGGACUCAGAUUCCCACAUCCAGAUUCAGUUCCCGGACAUUGACAUUGAGGAUCUCUUCAAUUGCUAUUAUGACAAGCUCAAGAUAUAUGAUGGUCCGAGCACCAAUGCUUUCCUACUGGGUGAGUUCUGCGGCCUGACUCUGCCCAACCCAGUAAGAAGUUCAGACAGCACUAUAACGCUUGAGUUUAAAUCUGACACGAUUGGAGGGCAAGGCUUCCUCACUGAGUGGACGGCUGUUUAGUGCACUGGUCCCUUGCCGACUAUAGAGCCAGUAGCUUGUGGAGGAACAGUGAUGACAGGAGACAAUCCCCAGUUCUUAUUCUCUCCUGGUUUGCCCGAGCUGUAUCAGCAUAACCUUGACUGUUCACGGGUAAUCUGGUCUCCAAAUUCUAUCGUUGAGUUUAAUCUGCUCUCUCUGGACAUGGAAGAUGAGGUUUCGUGUCUCCAUGACAGUCUGGCCAUCAGGGAUGGUAACACCAACUUGUCUCCACUGAUUGCACGUAUUUGUGGGCGGCAGCUGCCUGGCUCUCUGCACUGUACUGGUGAUGCCAUGUUCCUUCGAUUCACCUCUGAUGGCAGCAUUAAUGGCAGGGGCUUUAAUGCCACCUUUUCCAGAGGUUGCGGUGGUUUCCUCCAUACAGACAGAGGGGUUCUAAGUUCUCCUCAGUAUCAACAGAACUACAAGCCCAACAUGAACUGCAACUGGCAAGUAAUGGUCACCCCAGGAUUCAGAGUGUCCGUAACUUUCCAAAGUCCUUUCCAAAUACAGGGUUAUGGCAAUCAAUGCAGCACAGGUGACUACUUGGAGUUACGGAACGGACCUGAUGGCAACUCACCGACUCUAUCAGGGCGUCUCUUAAAUCUAUGUUUGUCUCCAACUUGUGGUGGUUUCAUUGAGCUUAAUGAUGGAGAUCCACUAGGUUACAUCACGUCUCCUAACUAUCCAUCAAACUACCCCCAAAAUAUCAACUGUGUAUGGAUAAUCACUGUUCCCAAUGGGGAGGCUGUACAACUUGACUUUGAAGGUAAUUUCUACAUUGAGGCUCAUACCGGAUGUAUGUAUGACUACAUCAAGGUCCGUGAUGGUCCCACAUCAGAUGCUGCUUUGAUGGGAAGACUUUGUGGCAACACCCACCCAUCUACACAGCAUUCAUCCGGCACCACCAUGUAUAUACGAUUCCGAACUGACGGCAGCAUCACACAUAUUGGUUUUAAAGCCAAGUACUCCAUUGCUACAUGUGAAGGUACCCUCAUUGGCCAGAGUGGUAUCAUUAGAAGCCCCGGUUAUCCAGACUCAAAUUAUCCAGACAACUCUAACUGCGAAUGGUACCUGGAAGGUCCCACUGGAAACUACCUGACCCUCACCUAUACCACCCUUGACCUGCAGAGCUCCUCCAAUUGUAACAAUGACUAUGUGGAGAUACGAGAAUACAAUGCUUCAGGUCGCCUGCUGGGGAAACACUGUGGAAACAGCCUUCCUGCUCCCCUGGACACUGGAGACAGUUUUGCCUAUGUAAAGUUUGUCAGUGAUGGCAGUUGGAAUGCUGCAGGGUUUAGUUUAUCCUUUGAAGCCAGCGUUGAAGAGUGUGAAGGGGAUCUGAACUCACCAUUCGAGACGAUAUCAUCUCCCAACUACCCUAAUCUGUACCCCCACAGCCGAAUAUGCCGCUGGAGAAUCACUGUUUCUCCGGGUCGUAGGGUCACUCUUACGAUCAAUGACCUGAGGCUGGAGGAGCACGGCACCUGUAUGUUUGACUAUGUGGAGGAUAUAAAUGGUCUGACAUCCAGUGCCCCACAUUUGGGUCGGUUAUGUGGGACAGUCCCUGCUGGUACCCAGUUGAAAUCUUCCGGGAAUGCUAUGCUUGUAAUUUUCAGCACUGAUUCAUCUGUGUCUAAUGGUGGAUUCACGGCAGAUUACUCUUCAGAGGAGGCUACAGUGUGUGGUGGGAUACUCGGUGAACCUGGAAACUUCACCCCGCCCGACUUUGGCAAUGGAAACUACAGCAACAACCUGAACUGUGAAUGGCUAAUCCACAACCCACAUCAUAUGAAUUCUUCCAUUGUGGUUAUUAUAGAUGAGCUCCAUCUAGAGCAUCACCACUACUUGGAGUUCAGACUGGGAGAUAUGAAUGGAGAGCUCUUGGGUCGUUUAUGUGGUCAGUCCCCUCCUACAGUCCCCAUAGUAGUGUCCACCCCUGAACUCUGGGUUCACUUCCUGUCUGAUGAGGCUGUGGUUGAUCUGGGCUUCAAAGCCACAUAUUACUUUUCAGAAUGUGGAGGGUCACAAAGUGGAGAGGGAGGUGCCAUCUCUAGCCCUGGAUAUCCUAAUAACUACCCCAGCCCAAGCCGCUGUACUUGGCUUCUCGAGGCUCCGGUGGGCCACACUAUCAUUCUCACUUUUACAUACUUUGAAAUGGAGGAACACAGCCAGUGCACCUGGGACUCUGUAACAGUCUUCAAUGGAGCCUCACCAGGAUCCCCAGUUAUUGGUCAAUACUGUGGCCACAACUCUCCAGGAACUAUCCAAUCAGGCUCCAACAAGUUAGUUGUAUUGUUCCUUGAUGAUCAUACAGUGUCCAGAGGAGGAUUUACUGCCACCUGGUCAAUGGAUUCUUCGGGAUGUGGAGGAAUUAUCCAUGCUGAUACAGGCACCAUCAAAUCUCCCAAUUAUCCUCAGAAUUUCCCAGCCAAUACAGAAUGUUCCUGGACCGUCAUCGCCCAUGAUGGAAACCAUCUAGAGAUGGACUUUGCCAGUGACUUCCAGAUCCCAGACUCGAGUGGACAGUGUCAAAAGAGUAAUCAAGUGUGGGCUGACAACGUACAGAAUUAUAAGAAUCUCUUGGCCACUGGUUGUGGCACUACAGCCCCUGCUGCUGUCAUUGCACCCCGAAAUAUUAUUACGGCUCGUUUCCAGUCCUCAGAUACACCUGGCAAAGGGUUCUCUGCUGCAAUCUACACUAGUUGUGGGGCCAAUUUCACAGCUUCAACUCGCCGUGAAGUAUCUCCAAACUACCCAGACCACUACCCGGGAGGCUCCAACUGUAAUUCUAUUAUUGAUGCUGGAGAUCAGACUGUGGUUGUGCUUAUUUUUAAAACUUUCCAAUUAGAGGCACACUCCACAUGUGUCUAUGAUGGUGUAAAGAUCUAUAGUGGCAUCACCCCCAGUGGUGUUCCCUUGGCUACUCUUUGUGGAAAUACCAUCCCAGCCUGCGGUGGCACAAUUAAUGGUACUUCUGGAUCAAUCAGCAGUCCAUCUCAUUCUAUCACCAACUACCAUCACAACAUCAACUGCACAUACCACAUAUAUGUUCGUGACUACCGUGUCAUCGAUCUCAAGUCCUCAGCAGGGCUGUGGCGGCUACUUGUCUUCCCCCACUGGAAUGCUUGGUUCUCCUGAUAUUGACAUGAAUGACCAGUAUGAGCCACGUAUGGACUGUAAUUGCUGCGGAGAUCUAUGAUGGUGACAGUGCUAAUUAUCCACUGGUUGGCACAUUCUGUGGAGAUGUAGUACCCGCC